CAUGCAGUUCAAGUUUCAUAAUACCAAGAAUUUAUGAAUGCUCGCUUUUCUCAGAAAGAGCGUGUUUUCUUGGAAUCAACGUAGUUUGGCGUACUUUUGGUUUUGGUUUAUUGAGGGCGUGCGAACAGACUAGCUGGCAAAAGUAUUUGCGAAUUAUUGUACAUUGAAUAGUAUAGAAGCAUAAUUCAAGACUAAAUUACAAUGUCAAAAGAAAGGUUUGUAGCACAUGUUUACGAAGACGAUUAUCGUGAAAUUCAAGAGCUUGUGCAGCACUAUCCUAGUAUUGAAACCGGGGGUGAUCUGUUUGGUUUGUGGAAAGACGAGAGAACCAUCAUCAUCCAACAAUUUAUCGGGCCGGGAAAGAAGUGUAAACGCACUACAACAUCUUUCCACCAAGAUAUCGAGUAUCUGCACAGAGUUGGGUCGUUGAUUACAACCGAGGAAGGUUUAUGCAAUGUCGGUGAAUGGCAUUCACAUCACCAGAUCGGAAUGCCCGAGCCGAGUGCAGCUGAUCAUAGGACGGUGUUUAGUAAUAUGCCUCAUCUUGGCUUGGAGCGAUUCGUCCUUUUCAUUGCCAGCAUUGGAGGAAAAGGUUCAAGCGGGAAGAAGAGAUCACAUGAUGUGGAGCUAGAUGAUAUCAAGCUACAGCCCUUCCUUUUUUUGGGUUCCACACAACAAGUCGUUAAAGGUAUUAAAUUGAGUGAAGUUCGAUGAAACUAUCUUAAACUAACUAGAAGGAUUUGGAUUGGGAUAAGGGAUAAGAUUAGGCUUAGGAUUGGAUUUAGGAUUUUCUGAUGGGCAUGCCUAUAUUUACUGUCUGUUUGUGCAUGUGAUGUCUUGAUUAAAUAUUUUUAUGGAUUGUUUGCAGGAGAUAUUAAGAUAAUCCCUGGCUCCAACCCACAUCGUCUUAACGAGAAAGCAGAAAACGAGAUCAAAAAAGGAAAAGCGUCCCCACCACUAAAACAUAGGGAAGAAGGCAGCGGCCCACGAAAGCCAGAGAAGAAUAAAAGAGAAGAAAAAUCUGAAAAACCAAAGAUUGUUCCAACCCUUAAACAACAAGCAAAACCAAGAGUGGAGACGCAUGGUGAAUCUGGGGCAAAACCUCCAGCACAGAGCAGCAGUGAUGAUGAACGUGGUGGUGGAAAACCUCAAGAUGAUCAACAGCCUCGACGUCGAGAUCAAGGCCAGAAAACAGCAAGCCGAAACCGCGAAGAGAGAGGAAAUCAAACACAGAUGAGAGAUGGCUUUAAUAAUGAGAAUCAGUCACCAAACACGAGUUUAGCAGCUCCCACAGGUUAUGGUUCUCAAAGUCCACCUACUCAAAGUCCACCCCAAAGGAAGCACGUUAGGGAUGCCUCUUCACAAUUUGGCACAGCACAAGCACAUGGUCGUGGUAUCCAAAUGAAUAUGCCACCUACUGGUGGUGCUUAUUCCAGUGAUCAGAGUCCGCAACGUGCAAGUUACACACAACAGACAAGCCAAAGAUCACCAAGGGAGCGAGGUUACGGAGCACAACACACCAAUCAAGCACAAGCAAAAUAUUGCAGUGAAUGGGUACCUACCGAGACGAUGUGCGCGGAGGGAUUUUUUUAA